AUGGCGCUCAGCCGGGACGCAUCGAGGCUCGCGCAGCGACCCAUGGCUGUCGGAGCACGGCGAUGCCGACCGCAUCUUACUGCCGGCGACAGUGGCAGCGCCAACAUAUUUCAUAACAUGGCAAUCAUGGCCGGCACUGAUCAGUACGGUUUACCCGAAGAUGCGCUGGUAGAGCGAGCGAUCCUAGUUCACCCUCAGCUUGGAGGGAAACAGUCAGUCGACGGCGAGACGGUAGACACGAAGCUCUGGACCAACCUGAUAUGUCCGCAGUGCCAGGCGCACAAGGGAUGUACGAUCCGAAUUUUAACCCGAUGGCUCCUCGGGCGCCAAGCUUGCGCGCGCUAG